UAAUUAACCUGCGACACUAUACAUUUCCAAAACUACAUUGACUUUGAAGAGGAUGGUACAGGGUAAUCACAAGCAAGACUAGUUUAAGAUGAAGAUGAAUGAAGUUAAAGUAGACUUGUGAACUAAUGCCAGUUUUUUUUAUUUGACACGUUGAUAAGAUGGAGAGCGGACCCUUAAAGGAAAUUGUACACUGUCUUUUUAAGCACGCACCAACCAGUAGCUUUACGUCGAUCCACGACGGUACACGCGCAUGGUUAACUAAAACAAUAUUUUCUUCACUUUUAAUUAUGAUUCUUCCUAUGAAUGGCAUUAUACUGUAUAAUUGUGUAAUACAACUUGUAUCGCUUUAUUUGGCGAACUACUGAGUCUGCGCACUAGGGAGCAAUAAGGAACUCAACUAUCAUUCUAAUAAAAUCCCAUGCAGAGCUACGUGGUUGACAAAAACACAGCUAGGCCAUUUUGAGUGAUCGAUUGUCAUUGAGUAACUUUACCUAUAGCUCGAUGUGCUACUAAAGACUUAAUCUAACGCCAGAUCAAAUCAUCUCCGGGACAGGUACACAAAUUGAAACUACCUAGAACUUGGAGAAAACCAUGCCGAAGCCGAGCGCUUCCAAGGCGACAGGGAAGACCCGCAGGUUCAUCAGUGGUGUGGUGGAAGGCUUUUACGGGCGACCAUGGACUAUGGAACAGAGGACUGAGCUUUUCCAAAGGGAGAAGAAGUGGGGUCUGAACACGUACCUCUACGCCCCUAAAGAUGACUACAAACACAGAAUGUACUGGAGGGACCUGUACUCACCUGAGGAGGCAGAGAAACUGGUUGCUCUGAUAACUGCAGCGAAGAAGAACGGAGUGGACUUCAUCUACGCCAUUUCCCCUGGACUGGACAUCACAUUCUCCAACCCCAAAGAGGUUGCCACCCUGAAGAGGAAACUGGACCAGGUGAGUGGGUUCGGCUGCAGUUCCUUCUCCCUCCUCUUCGACGACAUCGAGACAGAGAUGUGUCCGGCGGACAAGCAGGCAUUCAGCUCGUUCGCCCACGCCCAGGUAGCUGUCACCAAUGAGGUGUUCACACACCUGGGACAGCCUGACACCUUCCUCUUCUGCCCCACAGAUUACUGUGCAGCAUUCUGCACUCCUAACGUCUCCCAGUCGGCCUACCUUCACACUGUGGGAGAGAACCUCCUACCUGGGAUUGAUGUUCUCUGGACAGGUCCUAAGGUGGUGUCGCACCACAUCACGGUAGAGUCCAUUGUAGAGGUGUCCUCCGUCCUGAAGAGGGCGCCGGUUAUCUGGGACAACAUCCACGCCAAUGACUACGACCCCCAGAGAAUCUUCAUGGGACCAUACAAGGAUCGUCCCACAGACCUGAUCCCCAAGCUGAGAGGGGUGCUGACCAACCCUAACUGUGAGUACCACCCUAACUUCGUGGCGAUCCACACCCUGGCGACGUGGUGCCGGUCUGAAGGAGGAGGAGACAGAGAGACGUGGAGAUGUGGUGAUGAUGAUGAUGAGGCAGGCUCAGACCCCUGCUACAGCCCCAAGAGAGCCCUCACCCUGGCCCUGACUGACUGGCUACAGGAGUUCCUCAGCACGGACCAGCCUGGAGGCCCUCGACCUCUGAACCCCACCCACCUGAAGAAAGAGUCCUCUGACGAGGAGCCCAUGCAGACUGACGUGGGAGACCCUGUGUACGUGCCAGGUUCUGGGGACAACCCCCUGUUCACUGCAGAACCCCUGACCCUGGACGAUCUCCAGCUCCUCUCAGAACUGUUCUACCUGCCGUAUGAACACGGUUCUACUGCUAGAACCAUGCUGACGGAACUGGACUGGCUGAAAGCACACAGAGAAGCAGUGGGAGAUGCAGAGACUGAGAUGACAGCAGAGUGGCGUUCCAGGGCGAAGUGUUUUGACGUGAUGUGUGUUGCUGUGUUUACCAUGUUUAACCGCCUGUCCAACGCCCCCAACCGGAGCAUCCUCUACGACCUCUACAACUACAUCUGUGACAUCAAGAGUGGUGUCACCCUGGCCCGCGCCUACGUCAAACAAUUGGGGGGGCAGAGUAGGCCCUCAGCCCAGCUGAUGACUGACGACCCAGAGCCCUGGGGGUUUAGAGGGGGUCUCUCCGGGGAGUUCCAGAGAAUGCUGCCUUUCCAUGGUAACAGAGAUCUGUUCCGUCACCCUCCUAUGACAUCAGUGUAUUCUAUACGACCCUUCUGCCCACAAGACAAGACUGAGAUACAGAAGAUCCACAUGGAGAUGCAGAGAGGAGAGGCCAAGGCACCUGCAGCAGCACUACCUGCUCUGAUCAGUGAUGGGCUAGCAGGAGGGCAGCUGUCCCCCUCCCCAAACUGUGGUCUGGUUCUGGAGGAUGAGAGGGGAGUGUGUGGGUACGCCCUGGGCCUCACUGACGCCACAGCAGCUGCACUGAACAACCAGAGGAUGUUGCCAGGGGACUUCCCUUCCUUGGUAACCAUGCAGCUCCACCCCCGGGUUACAGACCCCACCCCCGCCAGGCGUAUGAUUGGCAGCCUGCUCUCUUUGAUGAAGACCAGUGGUUCCAGAGGUGUGUUCUGUGAGCUGAGGCAGGGUGACAUGAGGAUGUUUGACUUCUACUCUAAACUGGGCUCCUUCACAACGCUCAAAAUGGCGGGGCUGCCUCAGGACGUCGUCGCCAUGGGAACCAGCUUGUAGACUUGCCACCACCUUGCACUACUACAUCGUCAGGUUUUUAAAAUGACCUUUUGGAUAACCGGGACGAGAACGUUUGAUUAAUUCAGCUGCUUAUUUGAUGGCCAUGUGUCAAUCAAUUACUAUGGGAUGAUGUGUGAAAUGUAUCUGAUCAAGUUUGUCAAUGGGAUCCACAUUGUUUGACUGAGUAUUUGUGGAACGUGUCUUUGUAAAUUCAGACUUUACAUAUUGAAGUGAAUGAUUGACGCAUUUAAAUCAGCCUGUAAGAGGAUCUAACUAAUGUACUGUAUCUGUUGAUCAAUAAAGAUUUGAAAAAUUUGAA